ACGUUUGAAAGUCCAACAUUUUUGAAAAUUUGGCAAAUUACAAAAGUUGUUCUUCAAAAUUUAGUUUCAAUUUUUAAACGUUUGGCGUGGUUUAAUAUUAUAUUUAAUGUAAGUGCAUUCGUAGUAUAUAAUUAUUUAAAAUUUCAGAUUAUCGAAUUAAUGUCAGAGGUGCAACAUUUUGGAAGUUGUCAUUGUGGGGCGGUGAAGUGGAGUUUUACAGGACCAGAGGUUCUCGAUGGUUGCAGAUGCAAUUGCUCAGUUUGCGACAAGAAGCAAAAUCAGCACUGCAUUAUCAAACUGGAUAGAUUCAAACUAUUGGAGGGAGAGGAUAAAAUCACAGUCUAUCGUUUUAACACUGGGCUUGCUCAACACAAGUUCUGUUCGAUUUGUGGGGUUCAAAGCUUCUAUCAUCCGCGGUCUAACCCAGACGCAGUUGGUAAGCCAGAAUCCACGUGGUGUCAGGCCGUCCCGUCGUGGCUUGAUCUACCAAAAAUGUAGGAAUUUUUCUUUAGAAAAUUGUGACGUCAACACGCAUGGGACAUUCUGACACCACCAAUCAUGCCUCACUGUAUCGACGGAAAGACCCUCAAAGGUGUCAACUGGACAUACUUUAAUGGACAAGAAUGGGAGAAAACGAUGGAGACUAAAGCACCGGCCGCCCAGUAAAUUUUGUUUUUCAAAUUUUAU